ACAGCUGACAGUUGCGGUGUGUUGGUUUCUCGUGCACGUGCUGGCGUUCCGCGGCAUGUGUAUUUUGUGAAUGCUGCAUUUAAACAAAUUUCUACACCACAAACAUGAACAGCAGCCAUCUAUUUCAACCAAACCGAGCCCUUGGCUAUGUGAGCAACCAUAUACCACCCAACGUGCGUUACAUUGAUAAGAGACGUGAGAAUAUCGUUAUUACUUGCGUAGGCCGUUCGUUUCAUGUAUAUGGAAGCAGUAGUUUCCGACUGAUUCGAACAGGCCGAAUCCAUCCUGCCGACAUCACCGCUAUAGCAGCGGACGGGUUCAUAACUUAUGUUGCCGCCGGCAAUCUGAUCUAUGGAUGGCGAUCGAGUGUGGAACUGCGGAAAGUAUAUCGUGGGCAUGAGAAGCCUAUACGCCUGCUGUUGCCCUUCGCCAAACAUCUCAUUUCUGUCGAUGAGAGCAGCCUCCUGAAGAUAUGGAUCGUGUCAACCCAAGAACUGUACCUCGAGAUCCCGUUUGCUAAUGACAAAUUCGAAAUAUCAGCAAUCGUACAUCCAGCAUCGUACAAGAAUAAAAUUCUGCUCGGUAGCACCCAGGGUGGAUUACAGCUGUGGAACUUGAAAUCCUGCAAAUUAGUACACACGUUUGCAGGCUUCGACAGCAAAGUGUUGCAGUUGCAGCAAGCUCCCGCUAUUGACGUUAUCGCCGUUGGACUACACAAUGGAAAAAUCGUGUUGCUGAAUAUCCAGUACGAAGAGGUUGUAAUCGAAGUGCACCAGGAUUGGGGACCGGUGACUGCGAUAAGCUUUCGGACGGAUGGUACCUCCAUUAUGGCCACUGCCAGCUCGAACGGGCAGGUGGUGUUUUGGAACUUGGAAGAAAAGACAAUCUUGUCCACACUGAUGGCGCACGAUGAUUCCGUCACCGGUCUUCAUUUUCUACCAAACGAACCGUUGUUAGUUACGAGUUCCCCGGACAAUUCACUGAAAAUGUGGAUUUUUGAUUUGUCUGAUGGCGGGGCCCGUUUGUUGCGUUUUCGUGAGGGACAUGCUGCACCUCCAACGUGCAUCCGUUAUCAUGGUGCGUCUGGCAGAAAUAUAGUAUCAUCGGGUGAGGAUUCUUCUAUGAGGAUUUUCAGUACCGUAUCUGAGACAUCUAACUGCAGCUUGGGAAAAGCCAGCUAUAAUCGGAAGGCUUCUAAAAAGCAAAAGAAAAAAUCCCAAGACCCUUUUCGCAUGCCACCGAUUAGCCACUUCACGACGGAAACAACGCGUGAUAAAGAGUGGGAUAGCAUAGCUGCGCUUCAUCAGGGACUGGUUCAGGUGACCACAUGGUCAUACGACAAACGGCGCAUGGGUGAUCUUCAUCUGGUUCCGGAAGCUUUUCAGAACAAACAGCUCAAAAAGGAUUUCACGAUAAUUGCCACCUGUCUGUGCCUAAGUCACUGUGGAAAUUUUGUCACUAUCGGUUAUUCGAGCGGACAUGUGGAACGCUUCAACAUUCAAAGUGGCAUUCAUCGUGCUAGCUAUGGUUCGCCGAGCGCCCACCAGGACUACAUCCGCGGCUUGUCGAGUGACAAUUUGAAUCAACUAAUCGUAUCCGGCGCAGCAGACGGUCUACUCAAGUUUUGGAACUUUAAACAACCAAACGGGACUGUUGUAACAACACCCAUCGAUACAAUUGAUUUAGCGGAACCGAUAACGUUGAUUCGUACGCAUCGUGAAAGCGCCAUCAUUUGUGUCGCUCUGGAUGAUUUCACUGUAGUACUGGUAGAUUUGGAUACGCGCGUACUUGUGCGGCGCUUCGAAGGCCACCGGGGUACCGUAAUAGACGCGUGUUUCUCACCCGACAGUCGGUGGCUAAUUACGACAGCCCAGGAUUGUGUCGUAAAGGUUUGGGAUAUACCCUCGUCCUAUCUAAUUGACCACUUCCGCGUAUCGCACAUGUGCACUUCGAUCACGAUGUCACCGAUAGGCGACUUUCUUGCAACAGCUCACGUUGACUACCGUGGUAUAAAUCUGUGGGCUAACAAGAGCCUCUUCAUGAACGUUACGCUGCGUGGCUUGAAGCCAGAAUCCGAGGCUCCUUUACUGGAUCUACCUACCGCGCUAUGCGAUGAGCCACAGGAUGGUACAGGGCUGCCGCUCGUCAGCGAGAAGCAAAUGGAAAUUGACGAGCUGGAAGAUGCUCUCGAAGAAAUUAAUCUCGAGUACAACUCACCACCCCAGCUAUCAACUGAAUUGAUUACCAUGUCCAAGGUGGCCAUAUCUCGGUGGCAAAAUUUGUUGAAUUUGGACAUUAUUAAAAAACGUAACCGACCCCGGCAAGCUCUAAAAAAGCCGAAAUCUGCACCAUUCUUCCUUCCGACUGUGGCCGGUCUUGAUUUUGAAUUCGAUUUGCAAGCUGAGCUGGGUAGUAAAUCGUCUACGGUGGGUGGUAAGGCUGGUGAAGGAGAAUCACGCAUUAUCGACAUCAAACAGGUAGAUCACCUAACUCCCUUCGGAAAGCUGCUGAACGCAGCAGUCAUAACGGAAGAGUACGAUAAGGCGAUCGACUAUCUAAUGAAGCUCGGUCCGUCGAUGAUUGACCAUGAAAUACGAAAUUUAACUCCGUUCAAUAGUGGCAGCGGAAGCCUCCCAGUGAUGGGCGCUUUCCUGCGCAUGGUUAUCUACAUGUUCGGACAGCGGAAGGAGUUCGAGCUGGCGCAAAGCUAUCUGAGUCUAUUCCUCAAACUUCAUGGUCGAGUGGUGGUGGAGAACGAGCAGCUCAGCCAAUUACUACCUGCGAUCGAGGAAGCACAAAAAUCGGGAUGGUCAGUACUAGAAAAUAAACUGCUCUAUGGCUUAGGUGUGGUAAGUAACUUACGAAAUUACAGCGGCUAGACUGUAAUAAAAACAAUGCACUUUACCUGAAGAGAACGCAGGUAAUAAAGAUUUAUUGAUAAUUA